AUGUCGGGCGAUGCGACUCGUUCGGCUCUGCUGCGAGCAUCCAAGCCACCGACCAAAGAGUUAUUCAGUACCCUCAUCACGGCCAACCAUAUCUUGCACUAUCACAAUGUCGUCGACGCAUUCGGACACAUCUCAGUGAGGAAUCCACAAAACCCCCAAACCUUCUUCAUCAGCAAGAACCUAGCCCCGGCAUUGGUCUCCAAACGCGAGGACCUAGAAGAGUACUACGUCAGCGACGCCAGCCCAGUCAACCCGGACGCGCCUCAAGGAUACGCCGAACGAUUCAUCCACAGCGAGAUUUAUAAACGCUACAAAGGCGUCAACUCUGUCAUCCACAGCCAUGCAGAGGCAGUCUUACCUUUCAGCAUCAGCUCAAUUCCCCUGCGGCCAGUCUUCCAUAUGGGCGGGAUCAUGGGAGCCCAAGUCCCGAUAUACGACAUCGCACUGCACUACAAGAACUCGGACAACUCACACUCGAUGCUGGUAACCAACGAGCACUUGGGAGCAGGGCUGGCAGCUGGCUUUCAUCCGUCUACGACAAUGUCGAAGGGCGUCCAAAUGGUCAAAAAUUACUUGACUUCGUCGACGUCCCCGCCGGUUGACUUCCCUUCGCAUCCCACGGUUUUGAUGAGGGGCCAUGGGUUCUCGGCCGUGGGUGGGAGCAUCGAGGAAGCUGUCAAUCGUGCUGUUUACACCUGCACGAAUGCGAGGGUGCAGACAACUGCGCUGAUGAUGCAAGGGGGCUUCAAUCUAGGCCUCGUAGCAGAGAGAUUCGGUGCUGGUGAGAAGGAGACAGGUCCGGCGAAGCAUGAGGAUAUCAAGUACCUCAGUGACCGCGAAGCCAAGGACGCAUGGACAGCCAUCUCAGGCCAUGCGGACAGGCCGUGGGGUCUGUGGUGUGCUGAAGUGGAGAAUUCAGGUCUUUAUCAGAAUGAUCUGGAGGCAGAAGACGAUGAGUAG